GCGCCACGGGAGGGUACCGAGCCCUGGCGCCAGAGGCAAAGCAGGGCCGGGUGCCGGGGGCGGGAGCUCCCACAGCUAUCGGCGGUCCAACCAGGUGAGAUGCGGCAGCUGCUGCUGCUGCUGGGGCUCUGGGGGCUCUGGGAGCCGCUCGGCGCCCUGGCCCUGGGCGCCCCAUCCGGGACCGCUCAGGCCGAGGACGUGGUGGAGUUGGAGUUUUCCACCGAGCAGCCGCUCCAUCUCGUGAGUCCCUCGUUCCUGUCGGUCACCAUAGACGCCAACCUGGCCACCGACCCGCGGUUCCUCAUCUUCCUGGGCUCUCCAAGGCUCCGCACGUUAGCCAGAGGUUUAUCGCCUGCGUUCUUGAGAUUUGGUGGUACCAAGACUGACUUCCUGAUUUUCGAUCCCAAGAAGGAACCAACUUUUGAAGAAAGAAGUUACUGGCACUCUGAAGUCAAUCACGAUCUUUGCCAGUCUGAACACGUCUCUGCCGAUGUGGUGAGGAGACUCCAGACGGAAUGGCCCUUCUUCGAGCUGUUUCUGCUGAAAGAACAGUACCACAAGCAGUUCAAGAACAGCACCUACUCAAGGAGCACGGUGGACAUGCUGUACACUUUUGCGAAGUGCUCGGGGUUAGACCUGAUCUUUGGUCUCAAUGCUUUACUUAGAACGCCAGACCUGCGGUGGAACAGCUCCAACGCUCAGCUGCUCCUGGACUACUGCUCUUCCAAGGGUUACAACAUCUCCUGGGAACUGGGCAAUGAGCCCAACAGUUUCUGGAAGAAAGCUCACGUUUUCAUCGAUGGGCUGCAACUGGGAGAAGAUUUUGUUGAGUUGCGUAAGCUUCUGCGAAGGUCAGCUUUCAAAAAUGCAAAGCUCUAUGGUCCUGACAUUGGUCAGCCUCGAGGGAAGACGGUUAAGCUGCUGAGAAGUUUCCUGAAGGCUGGCGGGGAAGCGAUCGACUCAGUGACGUGGCAUCACUACUACUUGAAUGGACGCAUUGCCACCAAAGAAGAUUUUCUGAGCUCUGAUGUGCUGGACACGUUUCUUUUAUCUGUGCAAAAAAUUCUAAAGGUGACUAAGGAAAUGCGACCCGGCAAAAAGGUCUGGUUGGGAGAAACGAGCUCUGCCUAUGGCGGUGGAGCGCCCUCGCUGUCCGACACCUUUGCUGCUGGCUUUCUGUGGCUGGAUAAGCUGGGCGUGUCGGCCCAGAUGGGCAUAGAAGUGGUGAUGAGGCAGGUGUUCUUUGGAGCAGGCAACUACCACUUGGUGGACGAGAACUUCGAGCCCUUGCCUGAUUACUGGCUGUCUCUUCUGUUCAAGAAACUGGUAGGUCCCCAGGUGCUAACGGUGCGUGUGAAGGGCCCAGCCAGUAGCAAACUUCGAGUGUAUCUCCAUUGCACAAACACCCACCACCCAAGAUAUCGGGACGGAGAUUUAACUCUGUAUGCCUUGAACCUGCAUAAUGUCACCAAGCACGUGAAGCUGCCCUACCAACUGUUUAACAAGCCAGUGGACAAGUACCUCCUAAAGCCUGGACCCGAGGGGUUACUUUCCAAAUCUGUCCAACUGAACGGUGAGACCCUGAAGAUGGUGGAUGACCAGACCCUGCCAGCGUUAACAGAGAAACCUCUCCGCCCAGGAAGCUCACUAGGGAUGCCUGCCUUUUCAUAUGGGUUUUUUGUCAUAAGGAAUGCUAAAAUUGCUGCUUGUUUAUGAAAAUAAAAGGCACGCAGUAGCCCUGAGAUGAGAGAGGAAGGGGUGUUAUUCACGAGGGUGUAGGAAGGCCGACUUGUUGCCGAGCUCAAGAGCCUCGGGACGACUGGGGCACAGUCAGUGUUGGGUAGAGUGUGGUGAUUUCAUAAGUCGAACCCUGGAGGUGAUGACAGUUAAUGGCACCAUGUGCCAAAUGAUGCUUAGCAUUUUGCAUGCACGAUUUUGGGGAUUAUUAAAAAUAGGAAUGUAUAGGAAUGCCUCUGAUAUGACCAAGAGGUAAAUAAGCGAAGGUUAUGUCAUGGCUUUUUUAAAGCUUUUUUUUGUUUGUUUUUAGUAGCAUUUUGGUCAGAAGUCUGUCAAAUCUCUCCGUCAGGAACCUUAAUGUGGCUCCGGCAGGGAAAGGUUCAUUGCCACAACUUCACACUGGCUGUAAAAGACCUACCCCUGCUGACAUCUUAGAGGAGCUAAAAUGAAGAGGACUGGCCCUGUGCCUCUUUGCUUUGUUCUGCAGAAACCAUCUGUGAGAGGACAGAUGGCUGGGUGGGGUAGUAUUAAAACCACACAGAAAACCAGUGCCAACCCCUGAGCGGGAAGGGACGGCAUAAGUCUGGAAAUGACUGUAAAGGAGACGGUUGGUUGAUUGCGAGAAGUUUCUGGAAACACCCGACACUUCACAAUCAUCCUAGUGUUUACUUUUUCUACACCAUUAGUUCUUGCUUCUCUUGGGAAGCUUUGGCCUGUGAGCAACAGAAACCUCUAGGUGAGGACAUUGAUAAUCCCACUAAGAACUGGUUCCCGUGGGCACAUCACCAGGGAGCGGCUUCUUUCACCAGCCUGUAGCACUGGUCCUGGCCUGCUCACACGAUGGCGGUGACUGGUCCACAGAUUCAGAGAUCUGGCAGCAAUCAGACGAAGAUGAGCGAUUUCUUACAGGCCUGAAGGCAUCUUUCCUGGGGUUCUCCCAGCAAGCCUUUCUUCAGUCUCAAUUCCUAGUGGCCAGGAAUAGGUCUCUGGCCAUUUCCCCAGUCCCCACCCUGUAACUGUCAUCAAGCAAUCCUCUGGGGCAGAGAGGUUUGGUGAGGUUCACGGCACUGGACAUUAUAGUCCUCUGCUUUGAUCAAGUAACAUAUAAUUAUUUCCCCCAGGAUUAUAAAUCUCUUAUGGAUUACAAUUCUACAUGUUUGUGUCUGCUAUGAAUAUUAUCUCAACUGAUUGAGUACAUUGAUUAAGCUAGACCUUAAAGUUUGGAUGUGUCAAUACUCUCAAAUUUUUAUGCAAGCAGUUUUUAUAUUUUCACAUUUGAAAUAAAAUAAUUUUAUAGCCUUAA